AUGUCGGAACCGAAAGAACAAAUAGAUCUUGUUGUAUCAUCAUCAUCAGCAACAACAAAUCAACAACCACAAAACUCCAAUAACCCCAAGGAUAAGGUUGUGUUUAUUUACGUUCUAGAUACAGAACAAAACGAUGAUGAGAAACAACAGCCAACCGAAUUGCCCCAGUCACAGGAAUACCAGCGCAUAUCCUGUUAUGCUCACUAUCACGUAUUGAGCACCCUUUUAAUCAUGGGAUGUAAACAAAGUGAUGCAGCAGAAAUUUCGGAUUUAGUCUUCAAAUGGCUUUCCGAAGCAAAAACCAACCUUUUGCUUCAAAAACACAAACAACAGCUUUCCGAACGAUCAAAACAUUCUUCCGAAGACGACGAGUACUUAGAAGAGAUCAACAAUCACGUUGAUACCAACAAUUAUUCAUCAGAUGUAAAUAUUUAUUCUACUUCCGAUCGUGAUGAAUCAACUGCCACCUUCUCCCACCAACACUCCAACAACCAUUCAUCAAAUCAUACAUCAACCCCAAGAGAGAGUGCUUCUUCUUUUGCCUCUUCGGUUGCAAAGAAUUCUACAGUUGCUCUCGACGUUGUGGUGGACAACUCAAGUAGCUCCUCAGAGGGAGACACCAGCGAGUCCGAACGAGAGGACGACAAGGAAAACACGACACUACACGACUUUAUUGAUUCACCUCCUACAAACUCUGUGGUUGCAGCAAACAAAAUUUCACUCCAUAAUUACGAUUGUUCAAGCCACCAAAAUCCAUCCUCUGGCGAUGAUCAGAACAACUCAAAAAGGUCGAAAAAGAAAAAGCACCACCGAAAACACAAAGUGUCUUCUCGAUCACCCUAUGACAGCGGAAAUGAUAUUGAUGACUCUGAUCACGAAAACAAUGAUCACAAUGAUGACAUUUCACUUUCACCAAAUAAUGACAAGUUGAUCUCAACAUCAUCUUCUCAAUGCUUCGUACCAAAAUUUUCGUCAGACUCGAGUGCUCCUCUCUCAGUCCCCAUAAAACAUCACCUGUCUGACUCUCAAAACGAAAUGAAAAAUGGAAGCUUACCCAGUAUUAACGUUCUUGGGUCAUCUCCAAAUAAUCCCAAUAUCAUUUCCUCAAAGAAGAGAAUUCUCAGAUACGACAAACACGUGAAAAGCAAAUCGUAUCUAAUUAGAGAGAUCACAUAUAUGCUUAAACAAAAUGCUUCCAUUACGAAAAAUCACAGAAAAAAAUAUGACAGAGCGUUCGUUGUUUUCCUUACACGAAAUCAAUUUCAAGAAAUUAUUAGAAUAGCUCUCAAUGUUUUUGGGUAUAACAGAGCAAAUAGAAUAAGAGAUUUUACGAUUGCUUGUUCUAUACAAGAAAGAAAAAGACCUCUCAUCAUUUUGUUUGGAGGAACAUCGGGUACUGGAAAAAGUACAUUGGCUUCUUUGAUUGCCUCCCGUUUAGGAAUUACCAAAGUACUUUCGACUGAUAACAUAAGACACAUGUUGAGAGCAUUUAUUUCUAAAGAUGAAGAGCCAGUACUGUUUGCAUCAACCUACCAUGCAGGAGAAGCAUUGCUUACCACUGAAGAAGGAAAAGCACUUAAGGAUAAAGUCACUCCAGAGGAGUUGACAGUAGAGGGUUUCAGAAGACAAUGCAAACUCGUUAUUGAACAAUUAGAAAAAAUUAUUGAGCAAUCGAUCGAGCGAAAUGAGGGUCUCGUUGUGGAGGGAGUGCACUUACUCACUGAUUUCAUUGUAGAUUUGAUGAAGAAGCAUCCCACAUGCAUUUUGCCAUAUAUCAUUUACAUCAGCAACCAACAAAAGCACAAAGAAAGAUUUGCCAUUAGAGCCAAGUACAUGACACUCGAGCCAAGAAACAACAAGUAUGUCAAGUACUUCCAAAACAUUCGGCAAAUCCAAAAAUAUUUAUAUGAUCGUGCUGAAGUGUAUAACGUACCAAAAAUUGAUAACACCAACAUUGACCGUUCUAUUGCUGCUAUACAUGGAAGCGUAUUUAAGUCAAUGAAAAUGGUGUUCGAAGGAAAGAAGUUGUUCAACUUUGAGACUGGAAAAUGCUCAUCCGUGCAUCCCAAGGCACUUUUCGAUAAGAAACACCAACAUUGGUCUUCAAAGAGAAUGUUACAAGCUCUACAAAAGAAACGGGAAUCUCUAGAAAUUAAGAGCUUCUCAGAGAGUGCUUCAUUGACUGCACCUUCUUCAUCAAACAAUGAUUUUGGUGCUGAGGCGACAUCAAAGGUUCCAUCUUCGUUACAAACAACCACAGCAACAACAACAAUAGAGAGUGUGAAAUUAAGCUCAAAUGUGUCUAUUUCAGCUUCUACAAAUGAUCUACAACAGACAACUCAAGAACCACUAACAUCGAGUGUUGAUGAUGUGAUUGUUUCGGCGAUGCAACUUAACGAAGUUAGGGAGAAACAGUCAAAAGCACAAACCUCUGUGCUGAAAGAAACUGCAAGCAGUAGUUCGAGUAGCGACGAAGCAGAAGGGGUUGACGAUAAAGCUUCAAUUAGCAGCAGAUCCAGGAGGAAUAAGAAAAACUCAGUAAUCAAAAAACAUGCAGUUACCUUCAAUAACGUGGUUGCGAAUAGUGAAAGUUCGCUCGUUUCAGACAUGAGUGAAAAAGCUGAAACAGAGGCUGUUUCUACUACCAGUACUGUGCAAGCCCAGACCCUAUCUCAACAAACAUCAGACAGCAAAGAUGAAUCCUUGUCUCACAUGAAGGUCAUUUCUGCUCUUAAAAAGAAGAAGAAAAAAUUAAUGCUUGAAGAUGACAAUUCACCAUUAGCUCAUCGUCCUGAAAGCCCAGAAGAUCAUUGCAGUACUCCCCAACACACGGAUACUGAAUCCAGAAAAUACAAUUACUAUACAACAAGUGAAGGCGUUUGCAGUUUAUCAGAAAGAGACCAAGAUAGCGAAAUUGGACCUUGGAUUGAAAUGGACACAAGUUAG